UACGAAGAAAAAGAACAUAAUUUAAUCAAAUAUUGCAAUGUGUGAUAGUUAAAAAUAUAUAUUUUUUCUUUUUAUAUUUUUUUUGGUUAUCUAGUUAAGUUGUUGAUUGUGGUCAAGAAAUGGGGUCUUUUCUGAUUUUAAUUGCAAUUGCACUCAGUGUGAUUGUGGCAGUCUCUUCAAAUGCCGUUGAUUCAAACCGAAUCGUAGGUGGAUUUGUUUCACCAGAGGGCGUGUUCAAAUAUAUGAUUUCACUGCAAGAAUUAAGCAAAAUACAAGAUUAUAGACGAGGACACAGAUGUGGAGGGGCUCUGAUCUCAUACCAGCAUGCACUGACAGCUGCAUCGUGCACCUUCAAUUAUAACAAUGGUGCGCUCACACCUAUUAACGUGGCUGAAUUCCGUGUGUUCGCUGGUUCAGUGUUGCUUACUAACGACGCAUCUGAAGAUCACGUUCGGAGUAUCUCAAACAUCAGAGUUCACCCCUCAUACUUGACAAGCCAACCAUUUGCUGAUGAUAUCGCUGUUAUAACCCUCACCGUUCCAUUCCCCAACAACGUGGUGAAACCAGUCCCUUUAUCUGAAAGAGAAGUUAGUCCAGAAGAAUUCGGAGUCUGCGAACUAUCGGGUUGGGGAAGUCGAAACUCAUCAGCCACUGAAAGUGCGGAAUUAGUAUACUCAAUCCAAUCAAUUCUUGAUUGGCAUGAUUGUGAGCGUGCGUUCAAUACUCUUCCUCCGCCUCACCAACUCGUUCUACUACCCAGUAUGAUCUGCGCGUACCCCGAUAAAUCAAUAGCAGUUGGGUGCACUGGCGAUAUUGGCAACCCCUUGGUCUGCCAUGAUAGCCUUACGGGCAUUGCUGUCAAGACCCUAAACUGUUCUAGGGUAGAAUUUACUGAGGUUUACACUAAGGUGGCCAUGUACAUUCCAUGGAUUAAUCGAGUCAUGAACGGUGCACCCUCAAUCGUGCAACCUGGAAUAGCUUUGUUAACUGCGUUUGUAGUCAUAGCUUCUAAAAUCAUAACCUAGAAGCUUCUUAAAGUAGCUAAGGAGGAAUAAUUAUUUUUUAAUGUUAAUAUCUCACUAAUAUAUGUAAUUUAUAAUUUAUUUCAUCUUCAAUAAAUGUUAUUUGAAGGCAA